ACGUUUUUGAGUUUUGAUGUCAAGGAAUGGGUUGUUGAAAAUGACUUACUUGUGCAACGGUUAAAAGUAAGUAUAAAAGUAACUGUUUAUUAAUAUGUAAGUAGACUUUCUUUAGUUUGAUUGACUGAGAUAAGUAUUUCAGACAUCAUACAAUAAUAAACGUUGUAUAACGCUUUUAACUUUUAUUUUUAUUACUAAUGUUUUCUUGUAACAAAGGAAGAUGAAUGCAAGAAAACAUUUUUGGAGGUUUUAGAUAACUUCACAUCUCUGUUGGAAAAAGUUCAAGGUAUUUAAUUGCAGAAUAAUUUUUAUUAUUAAGUACAUGUACUAAAAUUUGAAAAGGACUGUGCUCUCCACUGCAGUUUUCUAUUUUUAUGUAUGGCUCCCAAGUCCUCUCGCAGCCUCUUGUUUCCCUGUUGGUCUUGAAUAAUGACUCUUACAUACUCUCAGUCAUGAUUACAUUAAGUCUGGGCUUGUGUUGAAUUCAUGACUGGCACAAAUUCAGUACAACUGAUCCAAAUUAUUGUGUUAACACUGACAAACUUUAUUGCUUCCAUAAUCAAGUGAAUGUACGAAAGAGCACUGUUAUAUCAAUAUAUAUGUGAAUUUUCUUUCUGGUUUAUUAAUUGGCAGGGUGAGGUGAAGUCUCUGCCCCCCACUGUCAUAAGCACUCACUUAGAUCUUGUUCUCAGGAGCUUUUAAGUGUUCCAAGAUCUAGAACUGUGACUUACAGUGAUAAGGCAUUUUCCAUUGCUGGACCAAGGCUUUGGAAUGAACUGCCAUUUUCCUUAGUUUUAAAGAAAGGCUGCUGACAUCAAUGCCUUUAAGCGUCAACUAAAACCCAACUCUUCAAGAAAGUUGACCUUUAAAAUUUGUUUUACCUUUUUUCAUCUGUAUAAUGUCAGAAUUUUUAAUUUUCUAAUGAUAUUUAAUUAGUUUAUAUUUCUAGAGUAUUCAUUGUAAACAGAUUUUGUAAAUAGAUUUUGUAGCAUUGUGUUUUGCAUAAAUUAUGAUUUGUAAAGCAUUAUGAACAGUUAGUGAAAUAACGCUAUAUAAAUAUGUGACCCUUCACGCGAAAAGGUGGCUUAUCUAAAUUUCACGCUGGGGCUAUUUUCACGCUCCAAGGCGUGAAAUGGAAAAAUAUUAUUGGAAUGUGAGUGAAAUUUCUCCUUCACGCCGUGAACACGGCGUGAAAAAAGUCACGGCCAGAGUGAAAUGUUUCACGCCGUGAAAAAGUCAUUGCCAGAGUGAAAAUUUUUCACGCCGUGAAAAAGGUCAUAGCCGCCGUGAAACAUUUCACACCGUGAAAAGUUCACGCCAUGAAAUUUAAUCCUUGAGAGAAAAAAUGACUCCGUUGUCUUUGCUAAUGUGAANGACUUGUGCACGCUAGUCAGUCUGUGAUGGUGCUGCAAUGUCUUGUGUGGCUGUGUAGGCCAAUAUGCACGAGUGGCAGUCCCUACUGCACAUGGCACAGAUGAAGUAGGAGGAGGGCAAAGUAAAGUGCUCGACACUAAUGCUAGUCCACUAGCCCAGGAUUAGUAAAAUUUCAUGCUGGGCUAGUACAAAUGUGCUCCAUGCAACUAGCCCCAAGACCAUUUAGGUUAGUGGAAAAAUAUAUCUUCCAGAACUCUUUAACUUGAGAAGUUCUUUUUCUAAAAUGCUUCGUCAAUAGUCAGUUUAAAUGUAAGCCAAAGGACUUGUUAUCCACAUCUUACAACUGACUCCAGUCGCAGCAGAGAUGCCAUGUUGGAAAUGGAAUUUAUGUCUUUGUUUCCAUGUCACUCAAUAAAAUAGGGGCCUGGGCCCAGGUGGGUGAGAGCCACUGUAGGUCUGUCAUCUUGGAAUUUAUUUGCCCACAAUGAAGGAGCUUUUUCUUAAAAAAAGCUACCUUUGAGAAAGCGUUCUUCAAUGGAUUUACCAAAGGGUCACUUACAGCAUAAAGACAAAGGGGAGUGCGAUAAGCGGGCAAGAAGUUUUCAAUUCGAUUCAUAUGGAGGAAGUUAUGUGGACUCGAACAGUAGCACUCACGCUGAGAGAUUAGCAAAUCCAAACUCUCCUUUUGUCACAGAAACAGAAAAUUUAUGUCUGUCGUUUACGAGUCAUAAAAAUUCUGAACCCGUAGUACAGGCUACAAACACUUGUAAAGUUUCAAACCACCUCAAUUUUUCUUGGACCAGUGGCUUGUCCUCAUGGGCUAGUGAUUUAUCAAACUCACUAGCCCAAUGCCUAGUCUCCAGAAGCAUUGGUGUCAAGAACUGAAGUAGAGCGGUGUGCUUUUCUUCAGCUUUCCGGUGACGUUACAUUUCAUGUCUGCUUUCUUGAUUCCUUUCACUGUCUGUCUCCAGCAGGCACGAUCACUUGCAGGAUCUUCCCAGUUGUUUGGAUCAAUUUCGCAUGCUUUGAGGUUGCAUUUGCAAGCGUCCAUGAACUGCGGGGCAGGGCGCCUGACUUUCCUGACUCCUGUUGUCAAUUGUCUGUAUAAAACUUCCUUAUUGAUGCGUCCAUCAUUCCUGUGAUGAACAUGACCGAGCCACCUCAGGUGGCGCUUACUGAGGAGGGAGUCCAUACUGGGGAUGCCAGUAAUGACAAUUUAAGCUGGCCUGGUGGGGCUGAUUGCAGGUACUAUCUUCACAACUGGGGUCACUCUUAAACAAAACAAAUACCAACUUGGUCAGGAAGAAUCAGGAAGACAGUAGUUUUGUACUCUCAGUCAAACCAUGUCAAUACAGACACUUAGGGGGCCAUAGAAAGUGUUUGUAUUAAAAGGGUGUCCGUAUUAAGUGAGUUGAAGAAAAUGUAAGGGCUGUUUUUUUUUCUCCAGAGAUAAUUCAAACCGUCCAUAAUAAUGAGGUAUCUGUAAAGCGGGGUUGGACUGCACUAUAUUCUGACCCUACAUAGCUACUGGUAUAGGGCCAUUAAAAUUAACAGGAAUUAAAGUCUCUAAUGGUUAAUUUUUAACAGGUCUCCCACCAGACUCUUCCUUUAUUUGUUAUGAACUUGCCAUUGCAUAUAACAUCAGUCAUUUGCUGUUACGAGUGGAAUCAAAUGUUGUUGUCGGUGGAUGCGACAAAAGUGCCGUUAUUCUUCACAAAAGUCUCUCCCGAGGUACCUUUAAAUAAAUUAUUGUACAAUGAUCAACGUUUCUUUUGCUCUUCAUGUUCUCUUUUCCUCCUCCCUUAUUCUUCCUAGUUCCACCUCUUUCUGCUGUAUCAGGGGUUGAUUUCUCAUUUUCCUUUCUCCCCUCUGCUUACUGGUAUAGUUGUAUCUUCACCUUCCUGCUCCUCCUUUUACUCAUCUUCUGUUCUUCGUCUCUAUCCUCAUCUUACCUGUUUGUUAAAACCUUUUUUUCUUCUCUUCCCGGUGGUAAGUCUUUUUGAAUUCAAAUCCCACCCCUCCUUAUUCUUUUUCCUUCUUAGGCCCAUAGGGAGGAGGAGUGCAACAGGUGUGCUUGCACCCCCCCCCCCCCACCACACCUUCCUACCCCCAGGCUUGGCCCCCCCCUGAAAAAUCAUGAUGACCAGUAGACCUAGUGAAAAAUAUGAAUUUACAACUUUUUUUUUCAUUUUUUUUUUUAAAAAAACAUAAAAUUAAUAUUGCCAUUCUCAAAAAUUGUAAAAAAAAAAAAAAUUAUUAAAAAAUUAUAUUAUUUAUAUAAUAUAAUAUAGCAGACUCUUUACACGAAAAAGAAAAACAAUAAACUAUUAAUUAUGUAUGAAUAAUAUGCAUUNCCUUCUUAGGCCCAUAGGGAGGAGGAGUGCAACAGGUGUGCUUGCACCCCCCCCCCCCACCACACCUUCCUACCCACAGGCUUGGCACACUACUGAAAGAUCAUGAUGACCAGUAGACCUAGUGAAUAAUAUGAAUUUACAACUUUCUUUUUCAUUUUUCUUUUUAAAUACACAUGACAUUGAUAUUGCCAUUCUCAGAAAUUGUAAAAGAAAGACAAAUUAUUACAAAAUUAUAGUUAAUGCAGUCUCAGAUAACCCAAUUUCUUCCUUAGAUACUUGGGCCCAUUGCCUCGUUGGAUCGCACCCCUGGUAAAAAAACCUGGCUAUGGGCCUGCUUCAUUCUUUUAACCCUCUGUUUCACUCUUCUUGAUUUAUGUUUGAAAAAGUAAUGAUUUUGUUAUUAUUAUUAUUAUUAUGAAAUUAUGAUUAUUAUGUUAAAACUUGUUUUAUGUAAUCUACUCUAUUUCAGCUCUUAAAGCCUUCCAAAUAGACACUUGUCACCAACGAACAACUGAGGAUGGGUUAGAACUAUUUAGUGCAUCCUGUAGAGAGGACACUUUAAAGCAGUUUCUGCCAUCAUUGUUUAAAGCAUUUCAGGACCAUAACAUUGGAUGUGCCCCUCUUGUGUUAUGCUGCUGUCUUCUUGCAUUUUUAUGGUUGAUAGAUGAACAGGGUUAGUAUAUAAUAUGAUCCUUAAUUUUCAUUACCUUAAGUUGAGUUAAGUUAGGCUUGAUUUCGAUGAGUGAUAUAUUCUCACGGCUUUUGUUUUGUCCAGAAAUGUUGUAAGGAGAAAUUUUAUUCAGGUUACUCAUUUCUUUUGAAGAAUUAAAAUUCCACUUUCAAUAAUGUAAAAAUGGUACAUAUGUGUGUAAAUUUGUUGUAUAAUCUUCACAAAGCCGAUCUGGAUUAAAGUGCAAAACUUGUGUACAAUACAAAACAUUACUUGACAGCUUGAUACAACUUUGCAACUGUUUAAUUUUUAUUAAAAUUAAGAUCAGAUAAGUGAUGAAGUAUGUCGCAACAUUUUUAGUGAACCAAGUAAAGGCUGUGGAACUUCUUCUCUUGAUGCAAAGUCAUUUGAAGCAUCUGGCAGACAGUACAACAUGUAACUCCACUGAAGAGGUGAGAAAGGUGUUGGCAGUGAAUGUACUCACCCUGUAGAUUUUCUGUGCGAUAGGGAGGGUAGAGUUUUGAGGGUAUUCAGUCAAUAAAUCUGAUGAGUCCUUUCUGGUGAUCUUCUAAUGGGGUAAAUUAAGCGAAAUCAGUAUAAAAGUAACCACUGACUUCUUGAGACAAUCAUGCAUUGUCGGGUUUUGCAUUAAAUGUACCUAGGUGGUUUAAGAACCUUAAUUGACGAAAGUGUUGGGGGUGUUAUUCUAAACCUAAAUCUAAAUCUAUAUAUGGUUUUGUCGGCAACAUCCACGAGGGACAUCACGCCGACUCUAAAACACUAAAAAUAUACAGAAUGAUAAUACAGUCGAAGCUCUCCUUGUGACCGCUCUAGUAAGCAAGCAGCCCUAGUUACGACCACCCUUGUGAAACCCCGUUUGAUCUGUGACAUAGACUUGUAAGCGACUGAUCCUGUAAGCGACCACGACUACUUCAAUUUUGGAUUACCCAACUGGGCUUUUCCUUUGUUUUCAAGCUCUCAUAAGUAACCACUUAGAGUCUACGGUAUUCAUAUAAAUCAACAUUUUAAUGAAACUGGACACUGCGCAAAUGGUCUAAAAAAAUUGGACGUAAAGUUUAGCCGUGUCUAUAUCAGAUAUAGAGACAGUUAUUAAACGUUAAGUUCUUUUGGGUUUUUAUGAAUUAUGAAUUAUUUUUUGAAGCUCUCGUAAGCGACAACCCUCAAUUGUUUUACCGCGAACCCUAACUAACCUUGACUCACUCGAGGAAACAAACACGAACUUAAAAGAUAAGACAGAUCUUAGAAAUAACCUUCAAAAUACUCCACAACAAAAUUCACCCCAUUGCAAUGCUUGUUUCGUUUAAGGCAUCCGAAGGGAGCUGUCCUGUUUACCUGUUUAGUCUAGAGUGUGUUCCAUGCAUCGAUAACUCCAUUGUAACUUCUUCAACUGGAGAUUUAACAGGCAAGGCAGUAUAUAUAUCAUAGUAGCCUGCGGAAUAGGCGUUAUUUUGUCGCGUUUCUAGGCAAGCCAGGACAAGCGCGAGGCGGUCGUGGAGCGACAGAAACGCACCACGAAAGGGAGGCGAUUAUAUUAUUUCACUUUCCGUGUCUAGCGCUCCAUGCCCGCCAACAUCCUCCUCACACUUGCCCUUGCUCGCCUGAAAAGCGAGAAAAAAUAACGCCUGUUCUGCCGGCUAAUAUCAUAGUUAUUUUUAAGGGCACGAAACGUCUUUAAAGUUUAAAAGUAAUUUAUUAUUCAUUCAAAAUAUUUUUCCCAUUCUGGUUGGCUAAAAGCACACGCAUAAUUCCCCAUAUAACCAGUUACUGAUUACCAAAAUAAUUUGGAAGAAUUUUGUGUUUAACGAGGAAAUGACGUCAAAAAUGCAGCGUUCUUGUAGGUUAAUGCACCGUUAACCGAGAAGCCCCGGGGACGAGGUUGAGUUGUUUCGGUUGUAAAAACAAGAAAUGGCGGACAUUUCGCUCGUUUCAAGAGUAAGAACUAGGCGAAAUUAUAGCUAAAAACAUGGCCAGAACAGAAAGAACUCAACUCGAAGGGCGACAUCUGCUAUUUGGAGAAUAUUUGCGGAGCUGAACAACCCUAAACGUACACUAUCGAAGGUGAACUUAACAUUGAUGGAGGUAAGCAUGUUUUAGCUUUGUUUUUUUUUGAAUGAAUAAUAAAACAAUUAUUAAAUUCGGCUUUCGUAUCAUAUGAAGAAUUAUGGAGAUCUCGGAGGGUGUUAUCCGCCUCGGCCUACGGCCUCGACGGAUAACACCCUCCUCGAUCUCCACAAUUCUUCAUAUGAUACUCAGCCUCAUUCAUUAAUUGUAAAUAUUUUAAUAUGGAAAAAGCUAAAUGAGGCCACCAACGGGAAUUACACUGCAGUGCAAUAAUAAAACAAUUAUUGAAUUCGGCUUUCGUAUCAUAUGAAGAAUUAUUGACACCGUGAUUGUAUUUUUUUGUGACUUAUAUGAUUCGUAAGUAAUAUAUCAAACAUGAGAUGCAGUGUUUCAUCACCAGAUGAAACACCGAGGAGAGAGUUGAAAAUACGACGCGCAGCGGAGUAUUUUUGACGAACUUCGAGGUGUUUCAUCUGGUGAUGAAACACUGUGUCGAAUGUUUGAUAUUUCUUCUCAAACAAAAUCAUUUUUGAAGGAGAAAUUAAGGAUGCAAAUACUAAGCAGUGUUUCAUCCGAUUUCCAAACACUCAUUAAACAUUAAUUUCCUUUGUAUUUUCUUAAUGAAUUAUUAAUGAUUUGAGAAUGUUAUAUAGUGCUUAAUACAUGCAAAGGUUGUUUUCUAGUCAAUAAUGAAGGCUGACAGUUUUAGACGAAAAUAGGCGCUUUUUACCUUUUAUGCGUCCACCUUGUUUAGUUUCAUGUUAUAGUCAUUUGGUUUACUCAUGUUUUCUUUCUUAUGACCUUCAUUACAGAGUAAUGCUUUAAGCUUAAAAGUGUCUUUUAUCCAGCUUACUUUCAGUCUGUGUCCUUGUGAACAAACUACAAAUAGUCUUGAUUGCAUUGUUCCAAAUUCAUCGUUAGGCGUAGAGGUGGAACCAUGGUGGUUAUUUCUUUGAAACACUUUGGUGAGCUACUUAACAAACCUUCCGCCGAGGUACAAGUAUUUAUUGUACCCUUACCAAAAAAUGUGCCUGCCUUGAAGUAUUAAAGAAUCCUGCAACAAGUUUUGUAAAAAAGACAAUUGUGACGAAGACGUUAUCUUCCCUUGGCUCCUCCCUCUCUCAAGUAUGCGGAGAAUAUUUCUCGAGUUCGUUAUUGUGACUUUUUUGGACCCGGCAGGGGCAGGGCAGUGGCCUCGGCGGGAUGUAAAAGCUGAAUUUGUAGUUUAAAAACAAGCUAAAUUUUCCUCGAUUGAUGUUAAAUCCCCUCUUCAAUUGCCUAAGUCCUCGGCAAGUUUAGGUGAUAAAGGGAUGUUUACUACUGCAAAUAUUCUCCAAAUAACAGAUGUCGUCCUUGGAGUUGUAUUCUUGCUGUUUUUGUACUGUGUUUAUACAGCAGUUGGGUUAUUUCUUUUUUGGCGAAACGUGUAAAAUGUUCCGCGAUUUUGUGCUAGGGUUUCGCGGUGUGGUCCAUUUUUCUUGCCAUUAAUGUUGUACUAUUGACGUCAUUUUCCACAUAUCAGAAACGUCUUUAACAGUUGGUGACUGCUAGCUGGUUAUGAGGAAUUAUCCGUGGGAUUUGAGUCAGUCAGAAACGGAGACAUAUUUUGAAUGGAUAAUAUUAUCAGUUAUUAAUAUUUUGAAUUAUAUUUUACCAGAUAAAGCGUGCCUGUUGUCAGUGGUGACAAGUUUGUUGGCGUUUUCAUAUUUUGCUAAUAAAGACAACGAUAAAGUUCUGGAAACUCUUAAUGAUACUGCUGAAGAUCAAGCUGUUGCUUUCAAUGACCUGUACCUUAAAGGUUAG